GUCGGGAGAAGCAGCCGCUCGGCGCGUCAGCGUUCCCGAAGCCGGAGCUGAAGGCGAGGAAUGGCAAACCAACGCAGCCACGCAGACUGGAUGGGCUCCUUGCCGCCCGUCCUCAGCGCCCUGCCGCUUUCCACGCUGGCCAUUCCAGGUUCACAUGACUCCUUCAGUUACUGGGUGGAUGAGAAAGCUCCCGUGGGACCAGAUCAAGCCAUAGCAAUUCGGCGGAUAGCUAAAAUCCCUUUGGUAAAAAAGCUAAUGAAGAAAUGGUCAGUAACACAAAAUCUGACAUUCAAGGAGCAGCUUGACAGUGGAAUACGCUAUUUUGACCUCCGUGUAUCUUCCAAACCAGGUGAAGCAGGACAGGAAAUCUACUUUAUACAUGGCUUGUUUGGAAGCACAGUAUGUGAUGGACUUAUGGAGAUAAACAACUUCUUAACCCAUCAUCCUAAAGAAGUCAUUUUCCUGGAUUUCAAUCAUUUCUAUGCCAUGGAUGUGAAUCAUCAUAUGUAUCUUAUCAGCAAGAUUGAAGAAAUAUUUGGAUCAAAACUCUGCACAAAAGAAUGUGUAGAAAAUGUAACUCUGCAGAGUCUUUGGGAAAAGCAACAGCAGGUUCUUGUUUUCUACCAUCAUUCUAUAUAUGAAAUUUACCCCGUUCUAUGGGCAGGGAAUAAAAUGCCAGCUCCCUGGGCAAACACAACUAAUGUGCAUAAACUGCUGCAGUUCUUGGAGACCACCCUGAAUGAGCGAGCAAAACAUGGAACUUUCCAUGUUUCCCAAGCUAUUCUCACACCAAGAGUCAAAACUUUUGCAUGGCACCUCAGCCGUGGACUGAAAAACACUCUUGUUCACAGAAAUCUUCCUUUUAUUCUGAACUGGGUGAAGUUACAGAAACCAGGAAUCAUGGGAGUGAACAUCAUUACUUCUGACUUUGUGGAACAGGUUGACUUUGCAGCUACCAUCAUUGGAUUAAAUAAUCUCCUUUUAGAAGACUUUGCUUUCAAGUUGAAAUUUUAG